AUGAGCAUAGCCAACAAAGCCCGGGUUCUCCUCAUCGGCAGCGGCAGCGUCGGCACCAUCGCCGCCCACGCCCUAGAAGCAGGCCGCAAGGCCGCCGUGAGCAUCGUCUGCCGGUCCAACUACGAUGUCGUCAAGAGAGAAGGUUUCAGCAUCGACUCAAUCGAACACGGGCGUGAUAUCACGAAUUUCCGACCCACAGAAAUCCUCAAGACGAUCCCAGACGUCCGAAAAGAAAACCUCCAACCCUACGAUUAUCUCGUCGUGACCACCAAGAACAUCCCCGAUCUCCCACCCCCUAGCAUCCACGACCUCGUGGCACCCGCCGUCACUCCCUCCGUGACAUCCAUCCUCCUCCUCCAAAACGGCCUCAAUAUUGAAAAGCCCUUCCAGAAUGCCUUUCCACGGAACCCCAUCCUCUCCGGCGUGUCCCUCAUCGGCAGCCGACAACUCAGCCCGGGGAAGGUCCUGCACACCGGCCGGGACAAAGCCUUCGUGGGGGUAUUCCCGUCCUCCUCUCCCCAACCCAAGCCUCCCAUCCAGAAAUCCGAGCUCCAAGCGCGACGCUUCGUAGAUCUCUACAACGCCAGCGGCCGCGUGAGGUGGGAGUACGACGCGGACGUGCUCUCCACGCGGUGGAGAAAGCUCGUCUACAACGCCUCCUUCAACUCGAUCGCGGCGAUCCUGCAGAUGGACACGGGGCGGAUGCGGAUGUCGCACUUCAUAAUAAAGGACCUGAUCCGGCCGGCGAUGCUGGAGAUCAUGGCCAUCGCCCGAGCCGCCGGGGCGGUGCUGGAGGAGGAUGUCCAUGAGAUGUUCAUCCGCAUCGAUGAUGCGGACAAGGCGUAUCUUCCGAGUAUGGGCCAGGAUGUAAUGCGCGGGAAUCUCAUCGAGCUUGAGACUAUCGUCGGGGAACCGGUCCGUGAAGCGGAGAGACUUGGGGUCCCGGCUCCGACGUUGCGGGUUUUGUAUAGCUUGUUACGUGGGAUCCAGCUGAAGACUAAGGAGGCCAAGGGGCUGUGGGAGGCCAAAUUCGACGACGACAAUCCUUAUCGGUAG